GCUACCUGCGCCGCUAGGAGACGUCUUUCAUCUCAUAUGAGAAAAUAUUAUAUUUCCUUAAAACAAGGCCUUGCGAGAACGCCAAAAGCCGGUCCUUUACACUGUCUUUCAUUCAAGUCAUUUUUUUUGUCGUUUGAGCAAAGCUUCGCCAGCAUGUCGCGCCUGUUGCCCGCUGUCACGCUGCCGCUGCUCGCGCUGCUGGGAAUCGCUGUGCUUGCGGCGGGCAGCGAUGUGCUCGAGCUCAGCGACUCCGACUUCGACUACACGGUCGCCGAGCACGAGACCAUGCUGGUGGAAUUCUUCGCCCCGUGGUGCGGUCACUGUCAGAAACUGGCCCCGGAGUACGAGUCUGCGGCCACUCAGCUGAAGGGGACCGUGCCCCUGGCCAAGGUUGACUGCACAGUGAACUCGCAGACUUGUGGACGUUUUGGAGUCAAUGGCUAUCCAACUCUUAAAAUCUUCAGAAACGGACAAGAGGCUUCUGCUUAUGACGGUCCUCGUAGUGCAGAGGGCAUUGUCAGUUACAUGAAGAAGCAGGCUGGGCCCAACUCAACACCUCUCCACAGUCAGGAAGGCUUGGACACAUUCAUUAACAAUUUUGAUGCUAGUGUUGUUGGGUUCUUUUCUAGGAGUGACAGUGUGCUGCUGGCUGAGUUCAAGAAAGCAGCCAGUGCUAUGAGGGACAGCUAUCGCUUCGCCCACACCACAGGGCUGGAACUAGGCCUUAAGCAUGGGGUGGAGGCAGAGAGCGUACUGCUCUUCCGGCCUCCUAGACUCAACAGCAAGUUUGAAGAAAAUGUGUUGAAGUUCAGCGAUCCGAUCUCAGUCUCCUCACUCCGUAGGUUCAUCAGGGACAACAUAUAUGGAAUGUGUCCUCAUCUGACUAGUGAGAACAAAGAUAAUCUGAAGAACAGGGACCUGGUGACAGCCUACUAUAAUGUGGACUAUUUGCGCAACCCAAAGGGCUCCAACUACUGGAGGAAUAGGAUAUUGAAAGUAGCAACACAGUUCCAGUCUCGAGGCCUGAGCUUUUCAGUGGCCGACCGGCAGGAGUUCCAGGAUGAUCUGGAGGAGGACUUUGGCAUUUCCCCUUCAGAUGGAGCCGAGUUACCUCUCAUAACCAUCAGAACCCGGGAGGGCCACAAAUACAUCAUGCAGGAGGAGUUCACGCGAGAUGGUAAAGCCCUGGAAAAGUUCCUGGAAGAUUAUUUUGCUGGGAAACUAAAACGUUUUCUCAAGUCAGAGCCUCGACCUGAAAACAACAAUGGUCCUGUCAAGGUAGUGGUGGCAGAAACAUUCGAGGAGAUAGUUAAUGACCCAACAAAGGAUGUGUUAAUUGAGUUUUAUGCCCCUUGGUGUGGACACUGCAAGAACUUGGAGCCAAAAUACACGGAACUGGGAGAACAGCUUGCAGAUGACCACAACAUCGUAAUUGCCAAGAUGGAUGCUACUGCUAAUGAUGUCCCAUCCAACUAUGAUGUCCAAGGUUUCCCAACAAUCUACUUUGCAAAAGCAGGAAUGAAGGACUCACCUAUGCCAUAUGAGGGUGCUCGUGAGGUGAAAGACUUGCUGAGCUUUCUGAAAAAAGAAGCCACACACCCCCCUAUACUGAGUGUCACCAGAGAUGACCUCUGAGAUGGGGAAGAAAGGGAGGAUGAAGAGCAGAAAGUGUGCAGUUAGAGAAGGGGUUUUGGUAGAGAAGUGCUCCUGGUGUUUCGAGACUACAUUGGACCGUCCAGUUCUCAAGGAGUUUUGUGGGUGCUCCCGCUGAUUGUUACACUGAGCAAACAAGACAAGUAAUGCAAUCAGUAAUUUGGACUAAACCAGCAGAGUUUAAUUUGUAAAAGGCACAACCUUUCUACUAUGGGGGAAAACACAAUAAAAACUCUAUAUCAUAAAUGUUUUGAUGAAAAAUGACCUCAGAUGUAAGGAAACUGCAAGACUUGAAUAAGCUUGAAAAAAAAAAAGUUACAUAGGCACUCAAAUGUCCACGUGCCUUAGUGUGUUCAUCAUUCCUGUGCAACAAUGUAUUUCGUAAUUCUCUUCCAUUUACCAAAACGGCAGGAAGGUGCAGCCUUUACAACGGAGGCUGAAAUGAAAUUACCAUAAAUGCUGCCAUUAGGCAGCCAUACAUUCGUCAGUCAAUUAUCAGUCCACAUUUUUGAGAGCUUCUAUGUGUAAUUUAACAUUUGAGCACAGUGUGAUUCUUUUAGGAGGCCUAAUCAGACGGUUCAGGAGUUCGAGUGUUGGUUUGUACUCUGUUUCACUGAAGUCAAAAUUAUGUAGCUAUUUAUGUAGUUCAGCCAUUUUGUCUAUGGUUAUAUAUCAAUUAAUUUUGUUUCAUAAAUGUCAUCCCUGAAAAACUGAGUUGAAAUUGUAUUAUUAAGAGGAUUCAGAUAACCACACAGAAUUUAAAUAAUUGGUUUUAUACUGUUAGUGGGGGCUGGAAAGUUCUGUGAUAUGUGUCUGUACUCCUGCAGUUUCCAUUAAAAAGCAAACUUUUACAA